GACAACACUCAGAGUCAACAGGCUGCACGCAAGAUCACCGCGCACUGACACAACCUUUUUUCUUCUGCGCAUCUUUUAUCUGGCGUCUUUUUUGGCACUGUAGGCAGAAAUUUGUGAAGCAGUUUGGGAUGUGACUUCAAUAGCAUACUUUCUUGACCCCAGGUGGAGCUCCGCGUUUCCCGGACGUUUGUUGACCGCUUUUUCGGCACCCAGCAAAGUUGCCACGGCGGUGAGCUGACACGUUUUUUACAUGACAUUGUAACACUCGGCUCCAUCAUCUCUCAACCAUGGCGGAAGCGGCCCAGCAGCCACACCUGGUGGAGAUAGACCCGGAUUUCGAGCCCCUACCCAGACCCCGAUCGUGCACUUGGCCCUUGCCCCGGCCGGAGUUCAUCAACCCUGGCGACUCCAACACCUCCUCGCCGGUGCCUUCUGUCAAGCAGGAGCCCGCCGGCAACGUCGAGUUCAUUAACAACCUCAGCCUCCUGGAGGAGAGCGAGGACUUCUCUGAGCAGAAGCCGGUGCUUCUGUGCACCGACUUCCAAUGUCAGGAGACGUGCCUCCACCGGCAUCCCGCCACCCAUCAUCAGCAUCACCCCAACCCUCAGCUCCAGCAGCAGCAUCCCCAGCAGCAGCAGCAGCAGCAGCAGGUGCCCCUGCUCUCCUCCCCGGUCACCUCGUCGUCCUCGGCCGCCGCGGCAGCAGCAGCAGCCGCUGCCCAGAGGAAGAGCAGCUCCUCUCGGCGGAACGCGUGGGGGAAUAUGUCGUAUGCAGACCUCAUCACCAAAGCUAUCGAGAGUUCUCCCGAGAACCGACUAACUCUGUCUCAGAUCUAUGACUGGAUGGUGAAGAGUGUGCCUUAUUUCAAGGAUAAAGGGGACAGCAACAGUUCUGCAGGAUGGAAGAACUCCAUCAGACACAACCUGUCGCUGCACAGCCGCUUUGUCCGCGUCCAGAAUGAGGGCACGGGGAAGAGCUCCUGGUGGAUGCUGAACCCCGAGGGCGGGAAGAGCGGCAAGUCCCCCAGACGCCGGGCGGCCUCCAUGGACAACAACAGCAAAUUCACCAAGAGCAGAGGACGGGCCGCAAAAAAAAAGCUGUCCCUGCAAGGCGGCCCGGACGGUGGCGCAGACAGCCCGGGCUCCUACAACAAGUGGCCCGGCAGCCCCAACUCCCACAGCAAUGAUGAUUUUGACGCCUGGAACAGCUUCAGGCCUCGGACCAGCUCCAACGCCAGCACCGUCAGCGGGCGCCUGUCGCCCUUCAUGCCCGAGGACGACCUGGGCGAGGCGGACGUGCACAUGGGCUACCCGGGCGCCCCCGGCCCCAAGAUGACUGCCACGCUGCCCAGCCUCACAGAGAUGACCGGAUCCCUGGGACACAGCUCGGAAAACGUUAUGGAGAACCUUCUGGACAAUCUGAACUUGCUCUCGCCUAACAACUCUCAGGUCGGAGGCGGGGCGACAACCCCGGGCUCCUCCCAGUCCUCCCCCUCCCCCAUGAUGCAACCCAGCCCCGGCUACCCCUCAUACAGCUCCCCCAGCAUGGUGUCGCAGCCCCCACAGGAGUACCGCAAGUGUGUGUACGGUCAAGCGGGGAUGAACACCAUGCCGCCCAUGACCAUGCAGACCCUGCCGGAGAGCAAGACCACCUUCGGGCCUGCCAUAAGUCCAUACAGCUGCUCUGCCGGGCUUCUGAAGGAGCUUCUCACAUCAGACACAGACCAGCAUGGAGACCUCCUUCCGUCAGUCGACACGGUGGUAUCUCAGUCCAGCGGGGGCUGCAUGCUGCCGGCGUACAGCAGCGGCCAGCAUGCAGCCAAACUCAUGGCAGGGGGGAAUGGCCACCAUCACGGUCUGUCCCAUCCUCGCCCGCACAGUGUGCACAGCCAAGCCCCGCCCACUUCAGCAGCUAUGAACGGUCGCUUGCUCAUGUCUCUCAACCACAGCGGCAGCACGGCGCGCUUGCCUUCCACCAAAAACCCCAUGCAGAUGCCUUACGGCCUCUCAAGCCACCUCAGCGGCGGGGGCGCACCCGGCACCUUCUGCCCUAUCAACACCAACGGAUAUGGACGCCUGGGCCUGGCGCCGCCCUCCCACCUGGAGAAGCUGCCCAGCGACCUGGAUGACAUGUCCAUAGAGAAGUUUGAGUUUGACAUGGAGACUGUCCUCCACGAAACUCUCAUGGACGGGGACUCGCUGGAUUUCAACUUUGAGCCGAUGGUGACCCAGCAAGGGUUCCCCCACGGGGUGAAGACCACCACGCACAGCUGGGUGUCUGGCUAGGAGGACUGAAAAUGUAAAGAAAUGGAAUCAGUUGGACUGAUCUUUGGGUGGUAAGACACAAGCUUUCAAGACGAAACCAAGACCAAGUUUCUGUACCUUCGACAUUCCUGCUUAGAAACACUUUUCACGUCACUUUACGACAAAGUGCCAGCCUUUAAUCUAUUGGAAAUAUCAAUCCUUACUAACUUAAGUGCCAAACAAUUUGCCUUAACAAUGGAGCCAACGCACGGGUGGUGUUUGGACUCCAUCACAUCAUCCAUGAAGGUUGAACAAAGGCACCUGGAGCUUGUGGGUCCCUUGUGGCACCAAGACUGCAGGAGUUACAGAUGGUAUCUCCUAGUUUGACAUUGGUUCUCUGGGUCCCUUUUUUUGUUGAGACGGUUCUCAUCCUCAAUCUUCAUCCAGUCGCCUUCAGUUCAACCUUCAUAGAUGAAGACCAUGGGUGACUGACUUGCCAAACAUCAUCUCCAUCAUCAGCAUCAAGGAAAGCCGGACGCCGUACACUUGCAGUACCCGUGGCUCCUUGGCUAGCGUCUGAAUGUAAAUACCACGCCCUGGCACACGAUCGGGAUCAGGUUGUGUGAUUACGUUUACAGAGCAGAAGCGAGAAACCAAUCUGGCUCCAAGCAAAAACUGGAUGGUUUAUAAUUGUUAUUAUUAUAAUUAUUAUUUUUGUAGUUUUUGAGCCGCUUUCUCGCUGUCUUUCUCUUCUUCUGAUUGUGUGUACAUACAGUACCUUUAAGAGUGUAUAUUAACAUGAUAUAGUACAUGUUUACUAGAUUGUAGUAUAUAUUUGAGAGGUAAAUUAUUGUCUUUAAUAUAGAUUAUUAUUGUGGUGCGCCGCCUGCACUCGGAACCUUAAUACCACAGGGGCCUAUUUAAGUCGUUCUUGAAGGGUUUUUUAUUGUAUAAAUAUAUACAGUACGUAUACAGUAGAUCCCCAAAUAUUGGCAACCUCGCAAAAUCAGUGACUUUUUAAAAUCAAAAUUUUUUUUGGUGCCGUUUUGUGCUUAAAAUCUCGAUCAUUAGGUGGUGUUAUUGGUGGAAAACCACAUUGGAACAAUGGAACUGUACCACACAGACGGUUUGACUAAGACUACGCUUACACACUAAUAUGCACGCAAAAACUGUACUAUUUCAUACGCCUUUACAACCCACACGAAAUGUUGGCCACCAUGAAAAAAAAUCAUACUUUUGUCAGUCAUACAGGCUCUUUGUCUCGGUGGGUGGAGGCGGGGCCACCAGCAUACACACAGAGUGCAGAAGAGUGUAACGUAGUAGAAAUUAAAUUAGUAGAUUGCAUUGUCAUUUAUUUUUUUAUUUUUUUUCAGUGUACUUUUCUUAAAGGUAAAGUUAAAAUCGAUGAAACUGAGUGUCUGGUGACACCCCCGCCUACUAGCGUGUAAGCGUUUAUUUCCGUGUGGUGCAGUUACCAUGUGUGUUAUUUCUGGUUGCACCGUGAGUGAGAGCGGCGUUGGGUUUGAUGACCUCCUGCUGGUUUGUGUCAGAGCAUCAAGAUAGACAUUUUUAUGGCCGACUCAUUUAGUUUGUCCGCUCUGAGAGCUGUAAGCCCUGCGAAUAUCGGGAAUGGACUGCCGAUAUUCAUUCGAAUAUCUUUGGAAAGUGAAUUUAUUUCAAUAGUUCAAUUCAAAAUGUGAAACUUUUAUGUUCAUCAUUCAUUUUAAGACUAGAUUUCUUUCAUUUCUUAAUCGUUUUGAUGAUUAUAACUCAUAAUAUGUGGAAAAUUGUCAAAAAGUAGAAUAUUCCACUUCAUAAAAGGAUGAACUGCAAAAACUUCCUGAGCCUUUAAACUGGUCUCUCAGUCCCAACUGAACUCUUGAAAUCCAGAAAACGUUUGCAGGAUUUCUUGACGUGCGGCGGGAUUUCAUCUGGAAGAUUGUCUUGAACGGGAACUUUCCAGCCCAACCUUGCCUUCCCUUUGCUUUCAUGAAGAGCGGCUGACUGUCGAUUGUCGUCCAGCAGUUCUCUUCAGUGCGUAAACGAGGCGUUCAAGAGAAAAACAAAGUGCCGGUCUUUCAGGACAAACCAUAGUCGGACACGACUGAAGCCACGGUUCCACCAAGCGCUGCGGUGUGAAGCGCUGCAUCCAGCUCACAUGCAGCUCGUUUAUAGAGAUGAGUUACGACAACACCAAUCAAAAAGGGGCGGGCCUACCUUUUUACAAAACAGGAAGCCAAAGGGGCUUCUCUUUUCAGUGGUUUGCAUUUCUUUAUUAGGAGCCUCCUCCGUUCUCCAUCCUGCGUUUGCAUCUUAGCCCCUCCCAAGAUCAACUAGUCAAAUAUUAUGCGGCUUGAGAUUCGACUUUUAUUUAUUUAAGAAAUGCAUAUUCGCUCAAGGAUCAAGGCUCAAGGAGCUUUAUUAUUUGCAAAGUUUAUUUUUUCUCAAGCCUAUACUUUUUCACUUUAACGUCGCAGGAUGGGGGAAAAACAUGUUUUUCUUCAUUUUUUCGUAAGACUUUUUUUUUUCAUGCUGCUAUGUUAAAGCAAAAGAAAACUGAAGAAAUACUGUAUAGGCCCCAGAAAAUUUUAACUUUGCAAAUUCUUAAGCUCCUUGAUCCUUGGGCAAGUUAGUAUUUCUUAAAUAAUUACAAGUCGAAUCUCAAGCCGCAUAAUAUUUGACCAGUUGGUGGUGGGAGGGGCUAAGAUGCAAACGGAGGAGGUUCCUAAUAAGGAAAUGUGAUCCGCUGAUGAAGAAAAAAAAAUGUUUUUCUUAUUUUCUUAAGCUGCUGCACUUACCCUGAAGUCUUGUGACGCAGCAGCUUGAAAAAAAUAAGAAAAAUCCCUUUUUUUCAUCCUGCUAUGUUAAAGCAAAAAAAAAAAAAUCCAGAAAAAUAGGUCCCACAAAAUAUUUACUUUCAUUUAAAGUGACCAUUUCCUCUCAGCCAAUCAACAGAGUGCAAUGUGUAACUGGCGCCGCCCUUUAGGUGUGGUGUGGUAUUGCUGCAUCGGUAAUGCAAUUGUCCUUGCUGUCUUGGUGGUUCAUUUGUCUUGUUUAUGUCCAGUUUAGAGUUCCACUUUUAGUUUAGAGUUCCACUUUCUGCAGUUCUUUAUCACCUUGAAACAUUAUGAACCGUGUUAAAUGCCGAACCAAACCAAACCGUACCGCUUGGUGGAACAGUGCAAGCUCCUUCUCCGACAAAAAAAAGCAUCACCCAGUGUUGAGUACAUCCGAGUUCAUCUUAUCAAGCGUGUGCAUGUGCAUCAGUGACUUUUUUUCCCACGAAAAGCCAAGUUUUAGCAGCCAGUUGUUUUUAUUCGACCAAGAAGCACAUCUGUCACCUUUGACUCAGAGUUGCUUUUGGUUUUUUGAAUGAAAUGACAGCACGGGAUGAUUUCAAAUGUACUUUUCUUGACAUUUCAAAGCCUCGAAAGCUGCUCUUUUGGUUUUGGUGCCACACGUCGCCUUUCAAACAUUGUGUACCACCAAAUCUGUUCAGCAUUUGUACCGUGUGAUAUGUUCAGAAUUAUUAUUAUUAUUAUUAUGAAAUCUAUUUGUGCCGGUCACUCAAGUCAGCAUGAAUCCUUGUAGUCGCAGGGUUCACACAAAAAGGUUGUUAUUUUAAAAAGAGCUGUAAAUGAUAUCUCUAAAUCUAUGCAUUGUAUUUCUUCAUUUUAUGUGGCUUUCUUUACAGAGAUAUUUUAUUGUAACACAGCGCUGUGAGAUAUUCUGGUGUCGUUGUCAUCGUCUCCAUGUUCUACAUCGUCGUAUGGGGUGGGGGCGGGGGGGUGAAGUUUAUUUAGAAAGUAGAUGAUGCAGUGGUUUAUAUGCUAAGCUUUUGUAAACUGACAAUGUUGUAUUUCUUGUAUUUAGCUACUGUUUUCACGACAUCGCGCAAAAAAAAAGCGAAUUAUUAUUCUACUAUAUUACAUUUCUAUAUUCAGCCUUCACAAUGCAGAUACAUGGACCAAUGGUUUUGUAGAUUUAAGCAUUGAAAAAAAGAAAAAAAAUGCACUUUUACGUACAUUUUAUAGGUAAAAGUGCUUCAUGACAAGAAAGAGUUGCCACAUAUUUUCAAAUAAACAUCUGUUACAUUUAACUUAUAUACCGGAGACAAACUGAAACUGUGCCGUGUAAUUUGCAAUCAAUACAAACAUGUUACUUGUUCAAUAUAAAUGUAUUAAAUCCUGAAUAAAUGUACUUACGUGUUGAAGCCCU